CCGGGAAGCCUCGGUUCCCGCGGCGGCGGCGGCGGCGGCAACAUGGCCUCGGCUGGUAACGCCGCCGAGCCCCAGGACCGCGGCGGCGGCGGCAGCUGCAGCGGGGCCCCGGGUCGGCCGGCUGGCGGCGGGAGGCGCAGACGGACCGGGGGGCUGCGCCGCAACGCCGCGCUGGACCGGGACUAUCUGCACCGGCCCAGCUACUGCGACGCCGCCUUCGCUCUGGAGCAGAUUUCCAAGGGGAAAGCUACUGGCCGGAAAGCGCCGCUGUGGCUGAGAGCGAAGUUUCAGAGACUCUUAUUUAAACUGGGUUGUUACAUUCAAAAAAACUGCGGCAAGUUCUUGGUUGUGGGCCUCCUCAUAUUUGGGGCCUUCGCUGUGGGAUUAAAGGCAGCUAAUCUCGAGACCAACGUGGAGGAGCUGUGGGUGGAAGUUGGUGGACGAGUAAGUCGUGAAUUAAAUUAUACUCGCCAGAAGAUUGGAGAAGAGGCUAUGUUUAAUCCUCAACUCAUGAUUCAGACCCCGAAAGAAGACGGUGCUAAUGUCCUGACCCCGGAAGCCCUCCGACAACACCUGGACUCAGCCCUCCAGGCCAGCCGAGUCCAUGUAUAUAUGUAUAACAGACAGUGGAAAUUGGAACACUUGUGUUACAAAUCCGGAGAACUUAUCACAGAAACAGGUUACAUGGAUCAGAUAAUAGAAUAUCUUUACCCUUGUUUAAUUAUUACACCUUUGGACUGCUUCUGGGAAGGGGCAAAGUUACAAUCUGGGACAGCAUACCUACUAGGUAAGCCUCCUUUGCAGUGGACAAACUUUGACCCUUUGGAAUUCCUGGAAGAGUUAAAGAAAAUAAACUAUCAAGUGGACAGCUGGGAGGAAAUGCUGAAUAAGGCCGAAGUUGGUCAUGGUUAUAUGGACCGGCCCUGCCUCAACCCGGCUGAUCCAGACUGCCCGGCCACAGCCCCCAACAAGAACGCAACCAAACCUCUUGAUGUGGCCCUUGUUUUGAACGGUGGAUGUCAUGGAUUAUCCAGAAAGUAUAUGCACUGGCAGGAGGAACUGAUUGUGGGUGGCACAGUCAGGAAUAGCACCGGGAAGCUUGUCAGUGCCCACGCCUUGCAGACCAUGUUUCAGUUAAUGACUCCCAAGCAAAUGUACGAGCACUUCAAGGGGUACGAGUAUGUCUCGCACAUCAACUGGAACGAGGACAAGGCAGCAGCCAUCCUGGAGGCUUGGCAGAGGACAUACGUGGAGGUGGUUCAUCAAAGUGUUGCUCCCAACUCCACUCAGAAGGUGCUUUCCUUUACCACAACGACCCUGGACGACAUCCUGAAGUCCUUCUCUGAUGUCAGUGUCAUCCGAGUGGCCAGUGGCUACCUACUGAUGCUUGCCUAUGCCUGUUUAACCAUGCUGCGCUGGGACUGCUCCAAGUCCCAGGGUGCCGUGGGGCUGGCUGGCGUCCUGCUGGUUGCACUCUCAGUGGCUGCAGGAUUGGGCCUGUGCUCAUUGAUCGGGAUUUCCUUUAACGCUGCAACAACUCAGGUUUUGCCGUUUCUUGCUCUUGGCGUUGGCGUGGAUGACGUUUUCCUUCUGGCACAUGCGUUUAGUGAAACAGGACAGAAUAAAAGAAUCCCUUUUGAGGACAGGACUGGAGAGUGCCUCAAGCGCACGGGAGCCAGCGUGGCCCUCACCUCCAUCAGCAACGUCACCGCCUUCUUUAUGGCCGCACUGAUCCCCAUCCCCGCCCUGCGAGCCUUCUCCCUCCAGGCCGCUGUAGUAGUGGUAUUCAAUUUUGCUAUGGUUCUGCUAAUUUUUCCUGCGAUUCUCAGCAUGGAUUUGUAUCGACGUGAGGACCGGAGGUUGGAUAUUUUCUGCUGUUUUACAAGUCCCUGUGUCAGCAGAGUGAUUCAGGUUGAACCUCAGGCCUACACGGAGACUCAUGAUAACACCCGCUACAGCCCCCCGCCCCCUUACAGCAGCCACAGCUUCACCCAUGAAACCCAGAUCACCAUGCAGUCCACAGUGCAGCUCCGCACAGAGUACGACCCCCACACUCAUGUGUACUAUACCACUGCCGAGCCACGCUCCGAGAUCUCCGUGCAGCCCGUCACCAUGACCCAGGAUACCCUCAGCUGCCAGAGCCCUGAGAGCACCAGCUCCACAAGGGACCUUCUCUCCCAGUUCUCCGACUCCAGCCUCCAUUGCCUUGAGCCCCCCUGCACCAAGUGGACACUUUCAUCUUUUGCCGAGAAACAUUAUGCUCCUUUCCUCUUGAAACCAAAAGCCAAGGUCGUGGUGAUCUUCCUUUUCCUGGGCUUGCUGGGUGUCAGCCUUUAUGGGACCACCCGAGUGCGUGAUGGGCUGGACCUUACAGACAUUGUGCCUCGGGAAACAAGAGAAUACGACUUUAUUGCUGCACAAUUCAAAUACUUUUCUUUCUACAAUAUGUAUAUAGUCACCCAGAAAGCAGACUACCCGAAUAUCCAGCACUUACUUUACGACCUUCACAAGAGUUUCAGCAAUGUGAAGUAUGUCAUGUUGGAAGAAAAUAAACAGCUUCCCAAAAUGUGGCUGCACUACUUCAGAGACUGGCUCCAAGGACUUCAGGAUGCAUUUGACAGUGACUGGGAAACUGGGAAAAUCAUGCCAAACAAUUACAAAAAUGGAUCGGAUGAUGCGGUCCUUGCCUACAAACUCCUGGUGCAGACUGGCAGCCGUGAUAAACCCAUUGACAUCAGCCAGUUGACCAAACGGCGCCUGGUGGACGCGGACGGCAUCAUCAACCCCAGCGCGUUCUACAUCUACCUGACCGCUUGGGUCAGCAACGACCCUGUGGCGUACGCCGCCUCCCAGGCCAACAUCCGGCCUCACCGUCCCGAGUGGGUGCACGACAAAGCCGACUACAUGCCCGAAACCAGACUCAGAAUCCCAGCAGCAGAGCCCAUCGAAUACGCUCAGUUCCCUUUCUACCUCAACGGCUUGCGGGACACCUCAGACUUCGUGGAAGCCAUAGAAAAGGUCAGAACCAUCUGCAACAACUACACGAGCCUGGGGCUCUCCAGCUACCCCAACGGCUACCCCUUCCUCUUCUGGGAGCAGUAUAUCGGCCUCCGCCACUGGCUCCUGCUGUCCAUCAGCGUGGUGCUGGCCUGCACGUUCCUGGUGUGUGCUGUCUUCCUCCUGAACCCCUGGACGGCCGGGAUCAUUGUGACAGUCCUGGCUCUGAUGACUGUCGAGCUCUUUGGCAUGAUGGGCCUCAUUGGGAUCAAGCUAAGCGCCGUGCCCGUGGUCAUCCUGAUCGCUUCCGUUGGCAUUGGAGUGGAGUUCACCGUUCACGUUGCUCUGGCCUUUCUAACGGCCAUUGGCGAUAAGAACCGCAGGGCCGUGCUCGCCCUAGAGCACAUGUUCGCACCCGUCCUGGACGGCGCUGUUUCCACUCUGCUGGGAGUGCUGAUGCUUGCAGGAUCGGAGUUCGAUUUCAUUGUCAGGUAUUUCUUUGCUGUCCUGGCAAUCCUAACAAUCCUGGGUGUUCUCAACGGGCUGGUUUUGCUCCCAGUCCUUCUGUCCUUCUUCGGACCGUACCCCGAGGUGUCUCCAGCCAACGGGCUGAACCGACUGCCCACCCCUUCCCCCGAGCCGCCCCCCAGCGUGGUCCGCUUUGCUGUGCCCCCCGGUCAUGCAAACAAUGGGUCUGAUUCCUCUGACUCGGAGUACAGUUCUCAGACAACAGUGUCGGGCAUCAGCGAAGAGCUUCGGCACUACGAGGCCCAGCAGGGCACCGGAGGCCCUGCCCACCAAGUGAUCGUGGAAGCCACAGAAAACCCUGUCUUUGCCCGCUCCACUGUGGUCCAUCCUGAAGCGAGACAUCACCCACCCUCAAACCCUCGCCAGCAAUCCCCCCUGGACACAGAGCCUUUGCCUCCUGGACGACCAGGCCAGCAGCCCCGGAGGGAACCCCCCAGAGAAGGCCUGCGGCCACCCCCCUACAGACCGCGCAGAGACGCUUUCGAAAUUUCUACUGACGGGCAUCCUGGCCCUAGUAAUAGGGACCGUGCGGGCCCCCGGGGAGCCCGUUCGAACAACCCUCGGCACCCAGCGUUCACUGCCAUGGGCAGCUCGGCACCCAGCUACUGCCAGCCCAUCACCACUGUGACGGCCUCGGCAUCCGUGACUGUGGCCGUGCACCCCCCGCCCGCCCCCGGGCCCGGCUCCACGUGGAACACCCGAGGGGGACUGUGCCCGGGCUACGGGGACUACCCCGAGACUGAGUACGGGCUAUUUGAGGACCCCCACGUGCCUUUUAACGUCCGGUGCGAGAGGAGGGAUUCCAAGGUGGAAGUCAUAGAGCUGCAGGACGUGGAAUGUGAGGAGAGGCCCCGGGGCAGCAGCUCCAACUGAGGGUGAGUAAAAUCUGAAGCAGAGGCCAAAGAUUGGAAGCCCCCCACCCCCCCAACCCCCUC